CACAAGGGCUACACUUACAACUCUCAAAUUCUCAAAUAAAACAACACGUGGGUAAUUACUCACUUCUGAAAUAACAUUUGCACUAGGUUUCUUUGUGGUGUAACCAGAUGUCUCUUCCUCAGGCUAGAGAAGAGGUUACAGACCACCUGUGUCUGUCCCUGACUGUUUCAGGUCCAGAUUGCUUCUAUCAGUGGCACACGUCAGCUAUCCUGAAACGUCCUUGACUGACCGUGUGUGUUUGGCCGGUGGUGCAGGAUGAAACAAGAGCAUUUCUGAUAAGACUGUGCCUCACAGCCUGCCACGUUUUCAGGAAACGCAAAAACCCGAGCUUGCAUUCAACCAGAUUAACUAAAAAACGGCCGCCCUCCCCCGCCACCUGCCAAACAGCACAGUGUCGCUCCGCAGAUCACAGAAAGCCAACAUGUCCGGGCUGAACGUCUCCUUGGGCUUCAUGUUGGCAGUGGUGGUGCUGGGCGCAGCCGGCAGGCUCCUGUCGAGGCAGCUGAUCCUGCAAAGCUUUUCAGCAGAGUUCCUGGCGUCCUUCAUGCUGGUGGCCUGCUGGAUGGAGGUGCAGACCCUGAUGGAGGUGGGCCAGUGGGCCGGGGGGUUCGGGCCAGAUGUGGCCUUCACAAUCCUGUUCCUCACCCUGGUGGUUCACGGCAUGGUCUCCCAGGGCGCCACCGGGAACCCCACAGUUACCGCUAUGAACUUCUUUACGCGUGACUCCGUGGUGUCCAGCACUCUGUUCGGGAUCGCUGGUCAGUUUUUGGGCGCCCUCCUGGCUCGCCUCCUCACCUCUUACUACUGGUCCCUGGAGCUGACGGACAUGCACAUGAUCAGGAACCUGAUGUCACAGGAGUGCAGCCCUGCCUUGCGGUCAUCUGUGAUGCAGGGUGUGUUCACAGAGGGAGUCUGCGCUCUCACCUUCCACCUCCUUUACAUAAACCUGCAGCACCACACUGCACUGCUGAGGGUCCCGCUCGUAGCGGCGGCGCUCACAUUUCUUAACUUUGCAGCUAAUGGCUAUACCUCUGGCUUUUUGAACCCCUCACUGGCUUAUACACUUACCUUCAACUGCCCUGGGUUUACAAUGGUGGAGUACAUGACAGUGUACUGGCUUGGGCCCCUAGUUGGAAUGGUCCUGGCUGUGUUCCUGUGCCUGGGCCACAUCCCCCGACUUUUCGCCCGUAAUCUGCUCUACUCCAAAAAGGCCCGCGUCAGAGUCCCCAAGGGGAAGGGGAUCCAGGACCAGGCCGAGGCAAAAAAAGGACAGGGAGAGAAGAAAGGCGACUGACAGCUGGUGCUCUUAGUCACACUCACUGAAACCAAAAGCAGUUACACCUGUACUGUGCAUACUCACACACGAAAAGAUAUCCUUUCAUUUUACAGGUACUGCAACCAAAUUAAUCUCCAAAGACCUGUUUGAUUAAGGGCAUGUUUGAUUAGAGGAACAAUGAAAGUGCAUAUAUUGAAGUUCCUUUCCUUGAGUCUACCAUUUAUAAAUGCAAUUAAAACUUUACUCAUGGA